AUGGAAAAUAUACUGUUCUGGCUGAUCUUUUCUACUCCUGUGUGGACCAUCAUUGAUGGCUCUGAAACGGAAGAGGAUUUUACCUGGCACUUAAGAAAAAUACCUCGGUUAGUUGGUGAAAGGACCUUGUAUCUUUCCAGCCCCAAAUAUGAAGCAGAUGCCAAACUGGUGCUAAACAGAGUAUGUGGCAUUGAAUGCCAAAAGGAACUACCAGUGCCAAGUCUUUCUGAGCUAGAGGAGUCCCUCUCCUAUGAGACUGUCUUUGAGAACGGUACUCGAACCUUGACGCAAGUGAAUGUCCAAGGAUUGAUACUUGAGCCUACUCAGAACACUACAAGAAAAAUAACACCCAGGAGAAAGCGGCAGGUAUAUGGCAUCGAUAGCCGCUUCAGCAUCUUAGACAAGCGAUUUGUAACCAAUUUCCCUUUCAGUACAGCAGUGAAGCUCUCCACAGGCUGUAGUGGUAUUCUUGUUUCCCCUAACCAUGUCUUAACUGCAGCUCACUGUAUUCAUGAUGGACAGGAUUAUGUCAAAGGGGGCAAAAAACUAAGGGUGGGAUUGCUUAAGAUGAGGUCUAAGAGGAAUGGCAAGAAACCUAGAGGUUCUAAGAGGAGUCGACGAGAAGCUGAGUAUGGAGAUCCAAAACAGGGUGCCCAAGAGGAACUGAAUAGGAGAUCCAAAGGAAGGAGAAGAAAGAAAGAAUCAGGAAGGGGUCAGAGAGGCUCUGAGGGGAACCCCUCUUUUCAGUGGACCAGGGUGAAGACAACUCACAUUCCCAAAGGCUGGGUUAGAGGAGGGAGUGGAAAUGUUGCUCUGGAUUAUGAUUAUGCUCUUCUUGAGCUGAAACGUCCCCACAAAAAGAAAUUUAUGGAGUUGGGUGUCAGCCCAGCCAUCAAGAAGAUGCCUGGCAACAUGAUUCAUUUCUCAGGUUUUGACAGUGAUCGAUCUGGGCAGCUGGUCUACCGAUUUUGUAGUGUGUCAGAUGAAUCCAACGACCUCUUCUACCAGUACUGUGAUGCGGAGCCUGGCUCUACAGGUUCUGGGGUUUAUCUCCGCCUAAAGGACCCUGAAAAGAAGAAGUGGAAGCGUAAGAUCAUAGCCAUCUAUUCGGGCCACCAGCAGAUGGACGUCGAUGGAGUCCAGAAGGACUAUAAUGUUGCUGUACGUAUCACUCCUCUCAAGUAUGCACAGAUUUGCCUGUGGAUCCAUGGAAAUGAUGCUGAUUGUACUUACGGUUAA